AUGUCAGCUCCCAACCACUCCACUGUCAGUUAUGAUGUGUUUGUUCUCAUUGGCAUUCCUGGCCUGAAGGCGCUGCACAUGUGGAUCUCCAUCCCCUUCUGCCUGAUGUACCUGGUGGCCCUAUCAGGAAAUGGUCUUCUCAUCUGCGUGGUGGCGGUAGAGCGCAGUCUUCAUGAACCCAUGUACCUCUUCCUCUCCAUGCUGGCUUUUUGGGAUCUGGUUCUAUCCACAUCCACAGUACCCAAAGCUCUGAGCAUCUUCUGGUUGGAUGAUGUAGACAUCUCAUUUGGAGGCUGCGUCACUCAGCUCUUCUUUAUGCACUUUGCCUUUGUCGUGGAGUCAGGCAUUCUCUUGGCCAUGGCUUUUGACCGCUAUGUGGCCAUCUGCUACCCACUGAGGUAUACCACCAUUCUUAGCCACAGUGUCACUGGCAAAAUAGGGGGUGUUGUGGUGUUCAGGAGUUUUGCAACCGUCUUCCCCAUUGUCUUCCUUGUGAAGCGUCUGCCCUUCUGCCGGACAAACAUCAUUGCCCACACCUUCUGUGAACACAUGGGGCUGGCCAAGCUGGCUUGUGCUGAUAUCACCAUCAAUAUUUGGUAUGGAAUCUCUGUGCCACUACUCAGUGUUAUGUUAGAUAUGGUGACAAUAGUCAUCUCCUAUGGGCUCAUUCUUCGAGCAGUCUUCAGGCUGCCAUCCCAUGAUGCUCGGAUGAAAGCACUCAGCACCUGUGGUGCCCACGUCUGUGUUAUCCUCAUGUUCUACCUUCCAGGGAUUUUCACUGUCAUUGCUCAGCGCUUUGGCCGAAAAAUCCCCAAGCAUGUCCACAUCCUGCUGGCCAAUCUCUACGUUCUUGUACCCCCCAUGAUGAACCCAAUUAUCUAUGGAGUAAAAACCAAACAGAUUCGUGAACGCGUGGCCCUUGUGUUUUCCCCAAAAGUAAAAUGUUGCUGA